AAUUUUAGUGUUGUUGUUAUUCAAUCAAUUCUAUUAAAAGCUAUUUGAUUAGUUUGAUUCAAUUCGUCUUCAAUCACAACCAUUUAACUUGAUUCUCGGAAUUGAAUCAAGUUUCAGAAUUUAUUUUCUCGCUAAUUUCUAUGUAAUUAGUGAUCAUGUUUGAUGAAAAUGGACCUUUUCCCGAAGAGGAAUUAGCAAAAGUCGAAGAGGUUUGUGUUGAUAUUUUACCGGGAAUUUGGAGAACCGUAACCAGAGACAAUUUAGUUGUUUCAAAAUGCUCAGGUGGAAUCGCCAAUCGAGUGUAUCUUGUUAGUUUACUACCUGAUUUAUUACCAAAGAUGAUCGGAAGUGAACCUUGUCAAGUGAUCGUACGACUUUACGGAAGUGCGAUUUUACAAAAUAUUGAUGAUCCUCGAUUGCUCGGUGAUGAUGCAGAGAUAAUUAUCUUUAAUAUUCUUGCGAAUAUUGGACUUGGACCUAAAUUGUUGGGUGUUUUUACCAAAGGAAGAAUCGAGGAAUUUAUCCCAAAUAUUCGACCUGAUUACAAGUAUUUGGGGAAAAGAAUAAUCAACAAAGUGAUGGCUUCGAUUUUCGCUCGUAUUCACUCAUUGGAAUUACCGAUAACUCGAAAACACAUUUUCUAUCAGAAUCUUUUCCAUGGCCUUAUGGCUGAAAGAGCCACGAAAGAAGGUGACUUUAUAACCCAUUACUCUGAAGAAUACACCAAGAUCGCCGAUGAGAUUGACGCUUUUCCUUUUCUAAAACAAUUGGCCUGGUUGGAUAAAACUUCGAUUGACAUUGGUGCUAAAUCGGUUUUCUGUCAUAAUGAUCUUCAUCUUUACAAUAUCCUUUUCCGUACACACGAUUCAGAGGGCAACCGAUUGCGAGACAAAUAUGAUUCCGACGAUUAUUCCGUUUGGUCAAACAAAAUGAUUCCAAUCGACUUCGAACUUGGUUCUUAUGGAUGGAGAGGCUACGAUUUAGCCUAUUAUCUUAAUUUCCGCUAUCAUCAUCCAUGUGAAGGUGAAGUUGAUGGAAAGAAUAUCAAAUUUCCUGAUUUCCGUGAAAUGGAAACUUUUGUCAAAGAUUAUCUCUCAUUCUCAUCAGAAUGUGAUCCAAAUUUUGAUCCGGUUGUUGAUAAUGUCGAACAAUUAAUUAAAGAAGUCGAAUUGGCCAGUCUGUAUACUCAUCUAUUCCUAUUCGGCUGGGCAAUUAACGAUCGCAAGAUCGAAAGCAAAUUAGAAUGGCCUAAAAGUUACCCUUACCUGCGAUUCAAAAUGUAUUUAACUGAACGGGAUCGAUUCAUUGAGAAAUAUGGUUUACCUGAUGAAAUUUAAUCUUUAAUUUAAAUUACUUUAGAUGAUUAAACUAAUUGUUAUACGAGAAAAGAGUAGACAAUUAAAGUAUAACCAAUUGUCGGAUCGUAAAUUGUAAUAACUUUUUUUUAUACACAUGGUUAUUGGACAUUUGGUUAUCCAUCGUUCGGACUUAUUACAAAGAUCAUUUUGAUUGUACAUAACUAAUUUGAUUACAAUAAAGUUGAUUUACUUUUUAAUUAAAA